AGGCAGUCAUCGUCAAUGUGAUUGAGAGCCUAUAUUACCACCGGUUCAAUUUUUGUCUUACUAGGUUGUGCGUUCUUGAGUACUAUGAGAUACGUAGACGUAUCCGGAAAAUGAUGCCUACACGCAAGAAAAACACAUAUGUGAUUUGCAAAGCUGUGGCACAUCUCGCAUUUGCAAGAAGGCUAAGAAACUUUUUGUACGCCUAUGGUGAUGCUCAUCUCACCAACCGAACUUGUGCUGCAUGGAAUAGCCGAAAGGGAGACCUUUUCUACGCGCCAACAAAAAAAUGAUUUUUAUGUUUUCAAAGAUCAUUGCCACCGGGAUCACGAAUAUCCAUCGGCUUUGCUUGUGGUGGUUGGACAGUCUGGCGAGGCAAGUCAGCGUUGCUCGUAAACUGGGCGGAGAAGCGGCGCCGUUCGAUUUCUGGCGAGCAAGAGUUGAUCUACCAGCACGACUGUGGCUGUUCUUUUGAUAACGUUUAACUAUCGUCGUUUUUGUUUCGAUUAAUGAGUGAGCUGAAAACUUGCACGAUUUUGAGCUUCCUCGCGAGCAAUAGGAAAAGAAGUUGAAAUCUGCUUUCACCCGA